AUGGAAAACUACUGCAUUGGAACUCUUGAGCACGUCGACCGAGAAAGCCACGCAGAGCUACCCAGCAUUGCAGAACAGCUGGCAACCCGCAGACGAUCUUCAGGCGUUACUCCACUUUUUGCCUUGCUCGAGUAUGCCCAUAGUCUUGAUAUACCGGACGAAAUCUUCGAACACCCAUCCAUAAAAGAAAUUGAGCGUAUUGGAACGGACCUCGUUGUAUUUCAAAAUGACAUAAUUUCUUACUGCAAGGAGGAGGCCGAAGGCGUGAACCACAACCUUGUGGCCAUAUUCCGCAUCAAUGGCAUGCCCGCGCAGCAAGCCUUCGAGGCUGUGAAUGCUCUGCUUAGAAAAUGUUACCGUGAUUGGUACCUUGCUCUAGCUGACCUCCCCCAAUGGGGUGAAAAGAUCGAUGCCCAAGUGCAGAAAUACAUCCAAGGAGUGCAGGACGUUGUACUUGCAAAUCUGAAUUGGAGGUGCGUCAUUUCUUUCCAUAUCAGCAUGUGCACCUGA